AUACAUUUAUUUAACUAAAGGCCCAAUUACACAAGGCGUCUCCGGCCGGCAGGCAGGACCAUCGACCGUCGUCGAUCUCCACAAAAGCAAGCGGCGUCCCCCCUUCUCCGCCAUCUCCGACCAACGCCACUGUCCCGACCUCCAAACGCGGCGUUUCUUUCCCAGAUUAGCUAUGGCGACGGAAAAAGCACCCGAAGGACAAAGGAAACGGGCUUUGGAGGCGUUAGACCGGAGGUUCGCUCAAGCCGAAUCCAAUCUUCGCCGUCAACAGGAGCUCCAGACCAAGAAGCAAAAAACUAAUACUAGCGCCAUUCCUAUUGGAAAUCAAACUCCUGAUAAAAUCGAUCAGAAACAGCUUGUCUCCAAUACACAGACUUCGAACACACCAUCUAGGAAAGAUGUAGAAUCAAAUCACCCGGCAUACCUCCCACUCUCUCAUUCAGUUGAUAUGAAUCUUCUUUCGACGGUUGGCGAGGCUGCUAAUGAUAGAAGCACAGUUGAUUAUGUACUGCAUGAGCUUCUUCAACAUGGCGAUUCAGCAAAAAAGUACAUUCAUGGUUCUAGAAGUGUGAAAAUGGACAACUAUAUUCUUCUAGAUAAUGUUGUGCCAAAAAGUUGCAUGUCUAAUGAUGCAUCCUUGAGGGCUUUAAAGAGUCAGUCAAAACGGUCCAAAAGGCAUAUGUCGCUAAAGCAACACAAAAAAUGUAAAUCAUUCGAUUUACCUCCGGAGUUCCAUAAGUAUGAGAUCUACAAACCAAUGCAUGAAAUGUGGAAGUGCUACAUACAGAAACUUAUAAGAAGUGCUGGAAAAAAUCAGUUGGCACAAACUCUCCUGAAUAUAGACUUGCACGGCGCACUAAUUCUUGUUGCAGAGUGCAAGCUAGAUGGGUAUACUGGACUGCGUGGUAUCAUGAUCCGCGAAACUGCAGAAACAUUCGGAAUAAUAACAGAAGACAAUAGAUUCAAAGCUGUGCCCAAGAAGCUCUCUGUCUUCAUGUUUAAAGUGGAUUCAUGGAAGGUUACAAUGAUCGGCGACAAACUUGCUUCAAGAAGCGUGGUUUCAUAGGUGAUCUGUAGUAUUAAUUUUUAGCUGUUUUUUGAAGAAAGCACAUUACACAUCUUGCAGAACAUGUGACAUGCAAAAAAAAUCUUGAAAAGCAAAGGUUUUUCUGUUUCCUAUAAAUCAAAAGAGGUAAGAGAU